AUGGAGGCGGACGGGCUCGACGACUUCUACAAGCUCCACCAAUUCAAGCCUUCCAAAGAGGAUGCCGUGACCUACUACCUGCCGCGCCUCCUCGCCGGCUCGCCGCUGCCGCACGGCUCCGACAGGCUCAUCCACCAGGCCGACGUCUACGCCUGCGAGCCCAAGGACCUCGCCGCUGAAUACGCGCCCGUGCCUUCGGCCGUCAGCACCGGCGACCGCUUCUUCUUCACGAGCUGCAAGCACAAGAGCGGGAGCGACACCCGGAUCGCGCGCGUUGCCGGCGCCGGCACCUGGGCCGUCCAGAAGACCGAGAACGUCUACGACAAGGGAGGCAAGGCCGGCGAGGUCAAGCACCUGUCGUUCAAGAAAGACAAGGUGAGCACCGGCUGGGUCAUGGAGGAGUACCGGUGCUUGCGGCCGGAGGCAGUCUUUGCCGGCGGGGAGAAGGUGCUCUGCAAGAUCCAUUUGGCCCCGAAUGCGUGCGCCGCCGCCCGCCAAGAAUCUGCCGCAUACAAGCUUCGACAAGAACGAGCAGAGCCUGCACCACCCGCGCCGCAAGCAGAGACCGUGACCGCGAGCGCGCACGCACAGAAGAGGCCAGCGCAUGUUUCCGCGGUUGCCGAUACGCCAUGCUCCAAGAAGAUGCGAAUGGAAGCCUCCGUCCCGAUAUCUGAUCCGGAAGAGUACGAGGAUUGUCCGGUGUGGUUCACGCCUGCCGCGCCCGUUUCCCUGCCAGCUGCGUCCACGGAGGUGCAUGACGAGCCUGAAGCUGACGACGACAUAGGCCGGUUGUCUUGCACAAUGAAUGAGCUUUUCGGGGUACAACAACAGGAGCAAACUCUCCCCAUGGAAGCUGACGAACAGUUGGACUUCGACUGGGAAUCAAUUGACCCAGUGGACCUGCUAAGGCCAUGGGAUGAUGACUGGGAAUCAGAAGUACAAGAGGAGCAAACUGUUCCGAUUGAGGCUGAGAACAACAUCCAACUGAUCGUCAUAGAGCAGCCUACACCAUCAAUUGACUGGGAACUUUCAGAGGAGCUGCAAUGCCUUUUGGCAAAUCAUGACGCGGAAGAAGCAGUGCUCUACAAGAGGUGCAAUCACAAUACCGCGACGGCCGAUAUUCACGCUCCGUCGCUUCAGGGACAGCACAAUCAGUUCUUCUCGUUUGGAGCUGUCAAUUAG